AUGUAUGUAGUAGAUUAUAAUAAUGCAAGAAUUCAACGAUGGUAUCCUGGUGCAAGUUAUGGUACUACUGUUGCAUCAGGAACAAUGAAUUUACCGAAUGGAUUGACAUUUGAUCGUCUUGGAAAUUUAGUUGUUGCUGAUACAUCUAACCAGCGUAUUAUUUCAUAUAGUUUAGUUUGUCCGGCUUCAACAACAACAACAAUAUCACCAACACCGCAAAAUAGAAUUCCAUUAUGUUCAACAGCUAUUUGGAAUGCAACAGCUACAACGGUGGUAGGCGCAAUUUCAAAUGCCGGUUCAACGUCAACAUUACUAUCAUCUCCUUAUGAUGUACAAUUUGAUGGUUAUGGAUAUAUGUAUGUUGUCGAUUGUAAUAAUCAUCGAAUCCAACGAUUUCCAUCAGGAUCAAAUGUAGGAACAACUGUAGCUGGCUUCAAUCUAGCAUCUGGCAGCGGACUUUCAGAAUUAUAUAAUCCAUCAGCUAUAUUUGUUGAUUCAACUGGAGCUAUGUACAUAUUGGAUACAAAUAAUUACCGUGUACUUAAAUGGCAACUUGGGAACCAAAUCGGUACAAUUAUUGUGAAUGGUCGCGGAUCGGGUUCAACAUUGGAUAAAAUAGGAAGAAGCAACGGAUUUUUUGUUGAUACUAAUUAUAAUAUUUACGUAUCCGAGUUCGGAAAUAAUAGAAUUACGAAAUGGAUCAAUGGAAAUAAUACUGCUGGAUCAUUAGUUGCUGGCGGCAAUGGUGCUGGCAGUACACCUGACAAAUUAAAUGCACCAUGGGGAAUUUAUGUCGACAAUACUAGUGGAAUUUAUAUUGUCGAUCAAGGAAAUCAUCGCGUACAAUAUUGGCCAUCGGGUGCAAGUGUUGCAACUACUGUUGCCGGUGCAACUGGUAACCCGGGUCCAUGGUCAUAUCAAUUCAAUACACCAUCAGCAAUUAUGCGCGAUCCAUACGGUUUCAUUUAUAUAUUGGACACUGGCAAUGCACGUGUUCAAAAAUGGUAUCCAGGAAAUCCAUACGGAACAACAAUAAUAUCAGCAACUAUGAACAGUCCACUAGGAAUGUCUCUUGAUCUUUCAGGCAAUCUAUUCAUUGCUGAUACAUCUUACUAUCGAAUUAUUUCCUUUCGUGUAACGUGCCUCGCGUCAACUACAACUGCUGCACCACAACCGACCCAACCAAUUAUUCAAUUGUGUGCUACAGCUGUUUGGAAUCAAACAUAUUCGCUUGCAACUGGUUCAACAUCAACCAUAGGAAGUUCAGGAACAUUACUGUAUAAUCCAUAUGAUGUUGCUUUUGAUGGAUAUCAGAAUAUGUAUGUAGUUGAUACGUCGAAUCAGCGCAUUCAAUUUUUCCAAUCAGGUUCAAGUACUGGAAUAACCGUUGCUGGUAGCACAGGCUCUGCUGGUAGUACAAUGUCUCAACUAUACAAUCCCUUUGCAAUAUAUGUUGAUACAAAUGGAACGAUGUACAUUUUAGAUGCUUAUAAUUAUCGAGUAUUACGUUGGCAACUAGGAGAUCCAAUCGGCUUUGUCGUAGCUGGUGGGCAUGGUUCUGGAACAACGUUGGGUACGAUAGGACUAAGCUAUGGUUUAUUUCUUGAUAAUCAAUAUAAUAUCUAUAUAUCGGACACUGGCAACAAUAGAGUGGUCAAAUGGGUUGCAGGCAAUACCACUGCUGGCCUAUUGGUAGCCGGUGGUAAUGGUGCAGGUAGCACAGCAGAUAAAUUAAAUGGACCUUUUGGAAUCUAUAUCGAUAGCACUAAUGCUGUAUUUGUCGUCGAUAGAAAUAAUCAUCGUGUACAAUGCUGGACUUCUGGAUCGAUUUCUGGUACUACUGUUGCCGGAACAACUGGUAGUGCUGGCCCAUGGCCAUAUCAGUUCAGUAGUCCGACCAGUAUUGCUUUCGAUCAGUAUGGUUAUAUGUACAUACUAGAUCAAGGAAAUAGUAGAGUCCAAAAAUGGUUUCCCGGAGCAACCUAUGGAACAACAGUUAUUUCGGCAUCAAUGAGUAGUCCGUAUGGCAUGAGAAUUGAUCGACUUGGAAAUUUCUUCAUUGCUGAUACAUCUUACCAGCGAAUUUUAUCAUUUUCUCUACUUUGUCCACCUGCAACGACAAGUCCUGCUCCAUCAACAACUGUAAUGCCGAUUCCACUUUGUCAAACAGCAACGUGGAAUUCGACAUAUGUACAAGUAGCUGGUGCAACAUCAGUUGCAGGAUCGACACAGUAUCUAUUGUCUAGUCCCUAUGGUGUCGCCGUUGAUGUGUAUCAAAAUACUUACGUUGUAGAUUAUAAUAAUCAUAGAAUUCAGCGAUUUCAAUUAGGAUCAAUUGCUGCUAGCACUGUAGCUGGUGUUUCAAACGUAGCUGGCACUGGAUUUUCUCAAUUGUAUUAUCCUACAGCAAUUCAUGUUGAUUCUAAUGGUCUCAUGUAUAUUUUGGAUAGUUACAACUAUAGAGUACUCCUUUGGCAAGUAGGAUAUCCACUAGGCACAGUCAUUGUUGGAGGUCGAGGAUCUGGUACUACAUUUGAUAAAAUAGCACUAAGUUAUGGAUUAUAUGUUGAUAUUCAAUAUAAUGUGUAUGUAUCUGAAAGUGGUAAUAAUCGUGUAACGAAAUGGUUUUAUGGAAAUACAACCGCUGGCAUAUUGGUAGCCGGUGGUAGUGUUGCAGGUAAUACAGCCGAUAAACUAAAUGCACCUUGGGGAGUCUAUGUCGAUAGUGGCAAUUCACUUUAUGUAGUUGAUAGUGGUAACCAUCGUGUGCAAAGAUGGGCAAUGGGUAAGUGUUUCGAUGUGAUGACAAGUUUUAAUGAAUUAAGAGUAUUUAAUGAAGGUGCUGCCGCUGGAGUAACUAUUGCAGGAUCGACAAGUAAUCCAGGCCCAUGGUCUUAUCAAUUCAAUAAUCCAACUACAAUUACAAUGGAUCCGUUUGGAUAUAUAUUUGUUUUGGAUUCAGGAAACUCACGUGUUCAAAAAUGGUAUCCAGGAGGUAGCUUUGGGAUAACUGUGUUAUCAGCAACUUUAAAUGGUGCAAUUGGAAUGCAAGUUGAUCCCACUGGUAAACUCUUUGUGACUGAUACAGGCAAUCAACGAAUUCUAGCGUUUCCUGUGUCGUGUCCAUCUACAACGACUACAACACUUGCACCACCUACUUUAACAACAACGCUAAUGUGUUUAACAGCAGUUUGGUCUUCAAAUGCUACUCUUAUAACAGGUUCAGUAGGAUUUGCCGGGUCUACACCAACUUUCGUUUCUAGUCCAUAUGGUGUCUCUUUCGAUGGCUAUGGAUAUAUGUAUGUUGCCGAUACAGGAAAUCAUAGGAUUCAAAAAUAUUCACCUGGAUCAAAUAUUGGAAAUACUGUAGCCGGUGUAACUGGUUCUGCUGGUAGUUCACUAUCCCAACUCAAUAGGCCAUCAGCAAUUCAAUUUGAUUCAACUGGGCAAAUGUAUAUAUUAGAUACUUCAAAUUAUAGAGUUUUAAAAUGGGCAUUAGGAGAUCUUAUCGGUACUGUAGUUGUCAAUGGUAGAGGUUCAGGUACAAGUUUGACUACGAUUGGAGUCAGUUAUUCCAUAUGUCUCGACAGUCAAAGUAAUAUAUAUGUAUCUGAAUAUGGAAAUCAACGCGUUACUAAGUGGAUUGCUGGAAAUAAUACUAUUGGGCAAAUGGUGGCGGGUACAUCAGUUCUUGGUAGUACUGCCGACAAGCUUAAUUAUCCUAUGGGAAUCUAUGUCGAUAUUAAUAAUGCAGUAUAUGUGACGGAUCGAUCUAAUCAUAGAAUUCAAAAAUGGCCUAGUGGUGCAGCUUUAGGUACUACUGUGGCUGGACAAAGUGCUGUGUCAGGUACUUGGUCUUAUCAACUGAAUUUACCUACAGCAAUUACAUUUGAUCAAUAUGGUUAUAUGUAUGUUAUGGAUGCUGGUAACUCAAGAAUUCAACGAUGGCUACCAGGGAUGACCUAUGGAGUAACAGUUGUAGCAGCCACGGUUAGCACACCGUAUGGAAUCAAUUUUGAUUUUGCUGGUAAUAUAAUUGUCGCUGAUACAUCUAAUCAACGAAUUAUUGCAUUCCGUAUCACCUGUCCUAAUCCAACUACGGUUACUGCACCGUUUCCUACUUUACCACCGAAUUUAGCAUGUCAAACAGGAGUUUUCAACACUAGCUGGUCCAUUGUGGCUGGUACUUCACCUACAGCUGGUUCAUCAUCAGUUUAUUUAAAUAACCCGAUGGAUGUAUAUGUUGAUGGCAAUCAAAAUAUUUUUGUUGCCGACUAUUCAAAUAGUCGAAUUCAAAGAUUUCCGCCAGCGGGAACAUCGAUAGGAGCCCCAAUGGGAACGACUGUUGCUGGUUUUACGCAAGCUGGUGGUAGCGGAUAUUCAGAAUUAUCCAAUCCAACAGCAAUAUUUAUUGAUCUCAAUGAAACAAUGUACAUAGCAGACUAUUCUAAUUAUAGAAUUCAAAAAUGGUUACCAAAUCAACCAGUCGGGUUCACGGUUGCUGGUGGACACGGAAAUGGAGCAACGUUAGAUAAAAUCGGAGCUGUCUAUGCAAUUUUCAUAGGUGCUGGCGGAAAUAUAUACGUAUCAGAUAAUAGUAAUAAUCGGGUGACACUAUGGUAUGCUUCAAAUACAACCGCUGGUCAAUUGGUUGCAGGCACUGGCACUGCUGGUACUGCACUAAAUCAAUUGAAUGGUCCGUGGGGUUUGUAUGUUGAUUCUACUGGAGCAGCAUAUGUUUCUGAUCGUGCCAAUCAUCGAAUUGUAAAAUGGAAUGCAGGCAUGCUUUUGAAAUAA